AUCCUCCGCCAACAAGGCCCGCAGUCGGCAUAUCCGACGACCCCAAUCGUCUCACGCCUCACAGACCGCCUGCCCGUCACAUUAGCGACAAGACAUGUCGCCCUCGAUACAUCGCAGGCCCUCCAUCCUCACUCACCGUCCGAAGACGUCGUCGGCCGUCGACGACAAGCAAGAAGCGCUGGCCUUCGACAUGAAACGGACCGCCUCGCAGACUUUCACCUCCGAGGCCCACGAUGGACGGGACACCCCGAGGGCUCGCGGGCUGGGGAGCGUCGACGAGGGCCGGACCGUGCUAGCCUAUCCGUCGUCGCAACACUCGCAGCACUCGCACCAUUCGCACCAUUCGCACCAUUCGAACCAUUCGCACACCAGCUCCCUCUCGCGCGCCUCGCAGACGGUCGUGGGCGGCUGCAAGUACAUCUGUCGCAGACUGUCGACUUCGUCGGCGCGGCGGCCCUCAAUCGCUGGCUUGUUCGACAACCACAACCACGCUCCCCCCGCUAGGGACAAGCUCGGCGGCCUGGACGUACUUCUCCCGUCCGAUCGCUUAGUGCACCAGGACUCCGGCAUGCCGAGCGUGCAGCAGGAUCUCUCCGAGCCCCACGGCCAUUCAAGAUUUUCUGUGAAGCGCUGGGGAACAAUUCGCCAUCGCCGUCCUGCAACCUCGGGCCCAUCUGGUGACACUGCUCGCUUCAACCCCGGCCCGCCGCCGGUACCCACCAACUAUCCCAUUCCUCCUCCUGGCUCUGCGGCUCGUGCUGCAGCGGCGGCGGCCAACAACGAGCGGUUAUCGCUGCAACGGCGCGAGCAAGAACAGACGGCGCGCUUUCUCGCCGGCACGCUGAGCAUGGGCACCCACGAGGACGAUAUCAAGGACAACGAGAGUGGCAUUGGCAUGAACUGCUCGUCGCCAAUCCAGAGGACAGACAGCGCCGAGGAGAAGAAGUUUGAUCCUCUCAAGGUUUUGCCCGCGGAAAUUUCGUCCAUGAUUCUCUCGAAUCUGGAGGCACCCUCUCUCAUAGUUGCCGAACUUGUUUCCAAGGUGUGGAACGCGGCUGCUAACUCCCCACAUGUGUGGAGGAACGUGUUCCUGAACAAGUUCGAACCCAGAGUGCACGUGAACCCCACGCCAAUCAUGAUGGGUGGUGCAGGCUGUGGCAAGAUUCGCAACGGAAGGCCUGUCCCAGGGCAGGAUUGGAAGCAGAUGUACAAGGUUCGCAAGACCAUCAGUCGCAGGUGGACGGGCUGCUCACCCAGCGCAAUCUACCUGAACGGCCACACGGACUCGGUCUACUGCUGCCAAUUCGAUGAGAACAAAAUCAUCACAGGGUCGCGUGAUCGCACAAUCCGUGUCUGGGACAUGAAAACUUACAAGUGCCUCAAGGUGAUUGGCGGCCCGACCAACCGCCCUGUUCCAAACACACCUCACAGGCUCGAGGCGCACAAGGAGACGGUCGUCAACCACCCCUCCUUGAACGGCACUGUGGAGGGCAACAGCAUCUACUGCGUUCCGUCUGAUUACCAUGAGGCGUCGAUUCUCUGUCUGCAGUACGAUGACGAGAUUAUGGUGACGGGCUCUUCCGACCAUACCUGCAUUGUCUGGGACAUCACCGGUGAUGAAUAUGUUCCAAUGUACAGGUUGAAGGGCCAUAGCGCUGGGGUCUUAGAUGUUUGCCUGGACGACAAACACAUUAUUUCCUGCUCCAAGGACUCCUCAAUCAACGUUUGGGAUCGGGUUACCGGAAACCAUAUCCGCUAUCUCCAGGGCCACCGAGGUCCUGUCAAUGCCGUUCAGCUGCGUGGUAAUCUUCUCGUAUCUGCCUCGGGUGAUGGCAUAGCCAAGCUCUGGAACCUGGACUCUGGCAUGUGCGUUAAGGAGUUCCCGUCUCAAGACCGUGGUCUGGCCGCUGUCGAGUUCUCCGACGACGCCAAGUAUGUCCUUGCUGGGGGGAAUGACCAUGUGGUCUACAAAUUCGACGCGUUGACCGGCCAAUUGAUCCACACAUCGGUUCGCCACGGCGGUCUUGUCCGAUCGCUCUUCCUCGAUGCCCACAAUGGACGUGUUAUUUCCGGAUCUUAUGAUCAGAGCAUUAGGAUUGCUGACUAUGCAUCUGGAGAAGUCUUUGGGCUCUAUGAGAACUGGACCACGAGCUGGAUCCUUAGUGCCAAGAGCGAUUACCGGCGAGUCGUGGCAACCAGUCAGGAUGGCCGAGCCCUGAUCUUGGACUUUGGGUGGAAUGUUCUCGGCAAGGACUUACUGGUUGGUGCAAAGUGCUGAUGUGCUGUUGAGAUGGCCGAACACACAUUGAGGCGUGGUCUAUCCCUACAAGCCGGGAUCUUUCCCUUUGGCCAACAAGAUUCGGAUCGCGAGAAAGAUGGUCAGCUAGAAUGGAUGGAAGAGAAUAAGCAUGUGAUAAGAAGCCGUGAGUGUGGUAGAAAAAGCCGCGUAUCGAAGACAUAUCUGG